UUAGAAAGCACGUGGGCCUCGUCUGAUCUCACAGCUCGUCCUCGUUCGGCCUCAGCUGCAUCAGAGAGACACUUCUCCUCAGGUUCCCCAGAGGAAACACCACUGCACAAAAUGCUUUUCCUCCCAGCUGCUGCUCUGUGCUGUCUGUGUUCAGCGCUGGUUGCCAUGGCAGCAGAGCUGAAUCAGGACCAAUUAUCACUGACCAGGACAGUUGGUCAACCAGUCUCCUUCAGCUGUGGAGGAACUGACAGGUGUGACACCGAUUACAGAGACUGGUGGCAAAAGAAAGACAAAGAAACAUUCAAAUGGAUUAUUGCUAUUAAUAAGAACACUAAUGAACUUGUGCCAAAUCGUAACCAUCCUCAGAAAGAUGAUUUCACAGCUGAGAAUAAACCAAACGGCUGUGAGUUGAAGAUAAAUAAAGUUAAACUCAUUCAUUCAGCCACCUACUACUGCUCCUGUUGGAAGAGAGAUUCCCACAGAUGGUUAUACCUGAUCUUUGGCUCAGGAACUAAACUGUAUGUAACAGGUGAGCAGGUAGUGAAGCCCGUGGUGAGUGUGUACCCAGCAGCCCCGAGCCACGUGGAGGGGAACAGCUCCCUGCUGUGUCUGGCCUCAGGUAUGUUUCCUCCUGUGGUCCAGUUCUCCUGGGAAAGACAGAGGGAGGACGGUCCUAAGGAGAAGCUGUCCCCUGAUGAGGGAGAGCAGCUGGAGCUCAGAGAGCCGAGACGUGCUUCCAUCUUGCUGAUUCAUCAGCCAGAGAACAGCAAAUAUAAAUACUACUGCUCCGUCAGGCACGAGGGGGGAACAGUGGAGGCUCCAGCACAAGGUGCAGUGGAUCCUCUCCAGCCUCAGUGCAGGGUGAAGCUGCUCUGUCUGCUGUACACAGUGCUGAUAGUGAAGAGUCUGCUGUACUGCUGUGGACUCUCUCUGCUGAUGGGCCUCACAAACAAGGGACCGUCCACCAACGGCCCACAUGCUGACUGACUGUUUCCUGCUCCUCUUUUCUCACCAUGGCUUCAUCUCAUUCAUCUCAUUGAUCACUGAUCAGAAAUCUGAGUAAAAUGUUUCUCUUUAUGUUCAGGUCAGAUACAGUCAGUCCAAAAAUAAUCAAUAUAUAUAUCACACUCAUAUUUGCAGUUUCUACUUUUAGAUUCUUUACUAUAGUGUAAUUUUUAUGGUUUAUAUCUGCUCUUGUGAUUUUCAUGUCAGUGGGAUAUUAAUCUGAAUUAUUAGUUGUCUAGUAAAUAUUCUGUUUAUUUUUUCUGUCUUUUUUCUCUAAAUAAAUUCAGUGUUGUUUGUUUGUCAAA